AUGUCGCGCUCCAGCACCUCGAUCGAGUUGGAACCCUAUGCGUCUACGCCUAUAGCCCCUACGCAACCUUCAAGUGUGCACACCAAGGGCGAUGACGCACCGCCGGCAGUAGAUGAUCUCCAGCCGAUCAACUCUGUCACUUCAACAGCAUUACAAGCACCGACGAAGGGUACGACGGCCAUUGUGUUAGUCACGGUGGUAUGCGUGACUAUGAUUAGCACGCUUUUGGCUGGAUUGGUCACUGUGGGUCUGCCGACUAUGGCGGCGGAGCUGGAAAUCCCGCCUAGUCUACUCUUGUGGCCAAUUUCCAUCUAUGCGCUCGCAUGCGGUUGCACUCUGUUAUUGCUCGGUUCUGUGGCCGAUGUUGUUGGCAGCAGACCGAUGUACCUCACAGGUUGCGUAUUGCAAUCUGCCUUUACCUUAGCUUGCGGCCUCGCCCAAACCUCAACGCAGCUCAUCGUAUUUCGUGCAUUGGCUGGGGUGGCAAUCAGUUUUUGCCUACCUUCUGCUGUCAGCAUCAUCACGAGCACUUUCCCUGAAGGCAAGAGUAGGAAUGUCGCCUUUGCGUCCAUGGGUGGAGGUCAGCCCAUCGGAUUUUCUGUAGGCCUUACCCUUGGAGGUGUCUUCUCAACCACCAUCGGCUGGAGAUGGGGCUUUCACAUUGCAGCGAUUAUCAACACUGUCGUCUUUGUGAUAGGUCUUUUCGGCCUGCCUAAAGUCGAUGUGGCACAGAAGGAUGUCUGGAAACGACUACGUACAGAGAUCGAUUGGGUCGGCAUCGCGAUCGGAGCUGCAUCGUUGGCGAUGCUCUCAUACUCGUUUGCUUUGAUCAGCGACAGCGGAGCGAGUAUCAAACAGCCUGCCACGCUCUCAAUGCUUGUAAUAUCACUUGCUUUGAUCCCCCUCUUCAUAUUCUGGGUCGGUCGGCAAGAGCGACUGGGCAGGCCUGCCGUCAUUCCGAACUCCCUGUGGCGCAACCGGAUCUUCACGACCAUCUGCAUCGGGGUCUUCAUGACUUGGGGUGUAUUCAACGCUAUCGAGUCGUUCCUUACGCUCUUCUUCCAAGAUGUACAGGAAAUUUCUGCUAUACAAACAUCAGUUCGCUUUUUACCCGAGCCUUUCACAGGAGCUCUAGCGAAUAUUAUCAUGGGUCUUCUGGCGCACAAAAUCCGUGCGGACUGGGCUGUUGUCUUCGCAGUGGCAAUGACCGCGAUAGCGCUAUCUCCCAUCGGCGCCGAUGCCAUGUUCACCGUCUCAAAUCUGGUCAUUACAUCUGUAUUUCCAGCGAAGACUCAAGCCUUAGCAGGUGGUGUCUUCAAUACGAUCGCACAGAUAGGUAAAAGCGUAGGGCUUGCGACGAGCGGCGUAAUUGCCGCCAGUGUUACAGACAACAGUAAAUGGGCCGACAAACAGAGCCCUCAAGCACUCAUGGAAGGAUACAGAGCUGCUUUCUGGUAUACGUUUGCGGGCAGUGUAGGCACAGCUUUGCUUUUUAGCUGGGGUUUGAGGGGUAUUGGCAGAGUUGGCAUGAAGAGGGAAUAA